AUUGCAAAUAAGUAAAUAACCACCACCCGAAACCUUUAUUCGCGAGAUCUCUCUCACUCGACUGCAAACCCUAAUCCGACGAACUCUCCGUCGCCGCUGGAUCCUAAUCGCUGAUUCGUGGCGGUUUUGUUUUUGAUGAAAUUGGAUUUUAGAUGGCUGGAUAUUCAACGAAAGGAGCUCCUACAAAUGGAUCUGUCUACGUCUCCAAUCUUCCAUUAGGAACUGACGAGAAUAUGCUGGCUGAAUAUUUUGGGACCAUUGGGUUGCUUAAGAGAGACAAACGAACUGGUACUCCAAAGGUAUGGCUAUACCGAGACAAAGAGACCGAUGAGCCUAAGGGAGAUGCUACUGUUACCUAUGAGGACCCUCAUGCUGCUUUGGCUGCUGUUGAAUGGUUCAAUAACAAAGAUUUCCAUGGAAGCACCAUUGGAGUUUUCAUGGCCGAGUCGAAGAACAAAAAUGGAGGUGAUUCGAGUGAGUUUGUUGGGUUCGAUGGAGGUGAUAAGGAAACAAAUGGUGGUGCUGGAAGAGGGAGAGGUCAGGUUGAUUCUACCGCGAAGCCAUGGCAGCAAGAGGGUGACUGGAUGUGCCCAAAUACAAGUUGCACAAAUGUGAAUUUUGCGUUCCGUGGGGUUUGUAACCGUUGUGGAACUGCCAGACCAGCUGGUGCAUCUGGUGGCAGCAUGGGGGCUGGUGGUCGUGGAAGGGGUCGAGGUGGAGGUGCUGAUGGUGGACCACCGGGGAAGCAGGCCGGUGCUUCUACUGGUCUUUUUGGUCCAAAUGAUUGGUCUUGUCCAAUGUGUGGAAAUGUCAACUGGGCUAAGCGUCUAAAAUGUAAUAUCUGCAACACCAAUAAACCUGGUCAGAAUGAAGGUGGUGUGAGGGGAGGUCGUGGUGGUGGUUACAAGGAAUUGGAUGAACAAGAAUUAGAGGAAACAAAGAGGCGCAGGCGUGAGGCUGAACAAGAUGAUGGUGAAAUGUAUGAUGAGUUUGGCAAUCUAAAGAAGAAAUACCGUGUGAAAACACACCAAGCUGACACCAGACCUGCUGUUGCUGCUGGUCGUGCUGGGUGGGAAGUCGAGGAAUUAGGUGUUGAUAGAGAUGGAAGAGAGAGAAGCAGAGACAGGCAAAGAGACCGAGGCGAUAGGCACAGAGAUCAUCACUACGAUAAGGAUAGACGCAGAAGCAGAAGCAGAAGCCGUGAUAGGGAAAGAGGCAAGGAGCGUGACUAUGACUAUGACCAUGAUCGGGACAGAGACCGAGACUAUGGUCGUGGAAGCAGGUACCGUAACUGAGAGAUUGCUCAAAAGUCUUAGGGUUUAUUAGUCUCUCUAUCUUUUCCAAUGUUUUGUCGAUUUAACUUUAUACAACCUCCGUAACAUUCCAAUUCUCUGGCUUUUUCUUUUGAUUGUGUCUUAGUAAAAGUCUUUUUGGUACUUUCAACUUUGUCUGAUUAUGUCUUGAGAAUAUCCCAUGAUAUCCCUUCCC